GCUAGGGGUUGGAGACGUGAGAGAGCUGGCGUGAACCCUUGGGACGGUGGAGACUUCUGGAAGUCAUCGUGACUGAGGAGAACACUGUGUUUAAGGAGACUUAAAGCCCAGAGAGGAGGUGUGAUUUGCCUAAGGUCACACAGCAACGUGGCCGCUCAGCUCGCCAGUUACUGUACUGGCUGCGCCUCUCCUGCCGUCCUGCCCACUCCCAUCUGUGGCCUCCCAGCCCGUCCAUGGCUGCAGACGACAGAAAAGUGGCAGUUCCCAAGGAUGGGCCUUCUGUGGUCUCCUGGGUCCCUGAGGAGGGAGAGAAGUUGGACCAGGAAGGCAAGGACCAGGUGAAGGAGCGGGGCCAGUGGAGCAACAAGCUGGAGUUCGUGCUGUCCGUGGCCGGCGAGAUCAUCGGGCUGGGCAACGUCUGGAGGUUUCCCUACCUCUGCUACAAAAACGGGGGAGGAGCCUUCUUCUUCCCCUACUUCAUCUUCUUCUUCACCUGCGGCAUCCCAGUGUUCUUCCUGGAAGUGGCGCUGGGCCAGUACACCAGCCAGGGCAGCGUCACAGCCUGGAGGAAGAUCUGCCCCCUCCUCCAGGGCAUUGGCCUGGCGUCUGUGGUCAUCGAGGCCUAUCUGAACGUCUACUACAUCAUCAUCCUCGCCUGGGCCCUCUUCUACCUGUUCAGCUCCUUUACCUCCGAGCUGCCCUGGACCGCCUGCACCCACUCCUGGAACACAGAGGACUGCGUGGACUUCCUGAACCGCUCGGCAGCCAGCGCAGCGGCCCCGCCCGUGAACUUCACCUCCCCCGUCAUGGAAUUCUGGGAGAGACGUGUUCUGGGCAUCAGCUCCGGCAUCCACGAACUGGGGGCCCUGCGCUGGGAGCUGGCCCUCUGCCUCCUGCUUGCCUGGGUCGUCUGCUACUUCUGCAUCUGGAAGGGGGUCAAGUCCACGGGCAAGGUUGUCUACUUCACAGCCACGUUCCCCUACCUGAUGCUGGUCAUCCUACUGAUCCGAGGCAUCACCCUGCCCGGAGCCUACGAGGGCAUCAUCUACUACCUGAAACCAGAUUUGCUUCGGCUCAAGGACCCCCAGGUGUGGAUGGACGCGGGCACCCAGAUCUUCUUCUCCUUCGCCAUCUGCCAGGGGUGCCUGACGGCCCUGGGCAGCUACAACAAGUACCACAACAACUGCUACAGGGACAGCGUCGCCCUCUGCUUUCUGAACAGCGCCACCAGCUUCGUGGCGGGGUUUGUGGUCUUCUCCAUCCUGGGCUUCAUGUCCCAGGAGCAGGGGGUGCCCAUCUCUGAGGUGGCCGAGUCAGGCCCUGGUCUGGCCUUCAUUGCCUUCCCCAAGGCUGUGAGCAUGAUGCCCCUGUCCCAGCUGUGGUCCUGCCUCUUCUUCAUCAUGCUCAUCUUCCUCGGGCUGGACAGCCAGUUUGUCUGUGUGGAGUGCCUGGUGACAGCCUCCGUGGACAUGUUCCCCAGGCAGCUCCGGAAGAGCGGGCGGCGGGAGCUCCUGAUCCUCGCCAUCGCGGUCAUGUGCUACCUGAUCGGGCUCUUCCUGGUCACCGAGGGCGGGAUGUACAUCUUCCAGCUGUUUGAUUAUUAUGCCUGCAGUGGCACGUGCCUGCUGUUCCUUUCCGUGUUUGAAGUGAUCUGCAUCGGCUGGGUGUAUGGGGCUGACCGUUUCUAUGACAACAUGGAGGACAUGUUUGGCUACCGGCCGUGGCCCCUGGUGAAGAUCUCCUGGCUCUUCCUGACCCCGGGCCUUUGCCUGGCCACUUUCCUCUUCUCCUUGAGCAAGUACACACCUCUCAGAUACAACAACGUCUACGUGUACCCGGCCUGGGGAUACUUCAUCGGCUGGCUCCUGGCUGGCUCCUCCAUGGGCUGUGUCCCACUCUUCAUCGUCGUCGCCCUCCUGAAGACCCAGGGUUCCUUCAAGAAGCGCCUGCGGCAGCUCGUCACCCCUGACCCCAGCCUGCCACAGCCCAAGCGAUACCUGUGUCUGGACGGUGGCAGCAGCCAGGACUGCGGGCCCUCCCCAACGAAGGCGGGUCUCAUGGCUGGGGAGAAGGAGACGCACUUGUAGGAUGUGGCCGGAAACCAGGUGGCUACUGAGCCAGGAAGCUGGGUCAGGGCCCCUGUGCCCCCGGCGGACAGCCUUCACCUCUGCCCCCUCCCGCAGCCCUGCCGAGAAGCUCUGUGAUGUCCGUGGGCAGCCCCUCCCGGUGGGCUAGAGAUGGUGCCGCCGGAGCCUGCCGUGCCUGUUGGAACACCCCGUCUUAUCUGUGAAGGCGGAGGUCUUUCUGGAGCCCACCGUCUGGUUAGAACAACUGCAGUGUGCAACAGCGGGACCACCCAGUGUAGGGAGGCUUCCUCUUAGCACUUGCGAUCUCUGUGCUUGGGGAGGGUAGCGCCCAUAGAGAUACGCGCCACGUUGCAUGUGACAACUGAACACCCCACGCUGGAUCCUGACGCUCCACUGGAGGGCUCCCUCACCUGGCUUAGUGUCCUGGAGCCCGCGGGAAGGAACCAGAGAAACGGCCACCGUUGUCUUGCGUUUUCCCGGAGGUGGUGUCUCAAGGUGUCCCCAGCUCCAGCCCUAGUUCCACGCCCGCCUUGCAGUGCUGUCCUUAACGCACAGAGCAUUGGGGUGGCAGGGGCUCAGGAUGGCCCCCGCACUUGGCAAAUAGGCACGACCACGGGCCUGCACCCAGGACAGACAUGGCUAGUCGAUCUCAGGUUCUUCCCCAGCUGACAGCCUUCCAAAGACAGUGCCCCUGGCAGCUCAGUUUGCCAUCCUGCCUUUGUCCCGACCCCGACUUCAUGGGUGAGGAAACUGAGGAACCCAAGAGACAAAAUGAUUUUUCGAGUUCAUGAAGCUCCUCGGGGCCAGAGACACGACUAAAGCCGGGUCUCCUGCUCUCAGGCCGGUGUCCCUCCCACUGCCCCCUCCUGCCUUGUUAACAAGCACCCAUGGAUCGCC